AGUGGAAUCGGGCGGUUCCAGGCUCACUUUACACAGCUGGCCGUUCUGGGCUCGGGAGAAUUCAGCGAAGCUGUCAAGGUAGAAGACAAGUCUAGUGGCGAGGUGACUGCUGUAAAGAGGAUGAAGCGACGCUUCGUCGGACCGCGUGAUCGUCUGCGUCACUUGGAGGAAGUGGACAUUCUCCGACACCUCGGAGGGCAUGCCAAUGUCAUCUCCCUCGUCGACGCCUGGGAGGAGGACAGCCACCUCUUCAUCCAAACCGAGCUGUGUCCCCUCGGAACGCUCUCCUUUUUCCUCGAAGGCUAUGGGUACCUCGUGGGAACGCUCGAUGAGCCUCGUCUAUGGAAGGUCCUUGCUGAGCUCUCGUCGGGCCUGCAGCACAUUCACUCUCACGGCGUUCUGCACUUGGACCUCAAGCCGGCCAACAUCUUUGUCACCGAAAUCGGAAGCCUCAAGAUUGGAGACUUUGGCCUU